AUGAACCUUUCCAAAGACGUAUAGAUACGACUACAGAAAAGUUUGAAGGAUAUCAGUCUCAAAGCAUACUCUAUUAAGCAUUUAUUUAAUUUGAUAUAAAAGUUUGGAAUCUCACUUUAUUCAACAACUUGUAUUCAGCAUUUUCAAGCCGCUAUUUUCAUCUUGAGUAGAACAAACUCUUUGUCAAGUCAAAAUAGGCUCCCAAAACCAUAUCUACAUUAACGUAUUAAUGACAACAGAAAAUAUACCAGCAAGCAAUAACCAUAUUGCUAAAGAAAAAGAUGAGCAGCAGUUAUGUAAAACAAGUUCAACAAUUUCAUCACAAUAUGGAAUCAAAUCCGAAUUGUCAUGGCGACAAGUGGUUAAUGCAGAAAUUACUGCUGUGACAAGUGCUAUGCGCAAAAAUGCACGCUGGUCUGGUAUGGGCGUAAGUGGUUUAAGAAUGGGACGUUUAGGCAAUAGUAUGGGUUUAAGAAGUGCACAAUCACAUAUGAAAGACUCAAAUACGAAGAAGGAAAAUCCUUUAAUGCAAGGAUUUAUGACAUUAAGAGCUUAUAUGGAUACAGUAACCGAUAUACAGGAUUUGGAUGCUGUUAAUUUAGUUCAGCCUUUCCUUGAAGUUAUUCGAUCAGGAAGUACGACUGGCCCAAUAGCUGGAACUGCAUUAGGCAGUCUUGAAAAGUUUAUAAAUUAUGGCAUCAUAGGCGUACAGAAUCCUCGUGUCUCAUCAGCUAUGAACGCUUUGUCUUCAGCAGCUACACAUUGUAAAUUCGAGGCUUCAGAUAUAGCAUCUGAUGAACUCGUUUUAUUACGUAUGUUACAAGUCCUUGAAGUAGCCAUCACGAGUGAGGCUGGGCAAGUGUUGAGUGACGAAGCAGUAUGUGAAAUGAUGGAGACUGGCUUGAGCAUGUGCUGUCAGAUGCGAUUAAGCGAAAUGCUGAGGCGAUCUGCUGAACAUGUGAUGGUCAAUAUGGUCAUUGCUAUAUUUGAGAGACUGAAAAGUUUGGAAGUCGACGAUUGGCAAUUUAUCGAUACACCUGAGGAAGGCGAGAACGCAACAGUUGAUCCUCAUAUGAAUACCCCGAAAUCUACCCCUUCACCAACCCUAAAAAACACAGCAAAUGACGUUACAGAGGACGGCUCACUAAUCAAAGGAAGUACAGAAUCAGUUCAGAAGGAAGAAACAGCUGAAAAAACAGCUGAAGAAAUAGAAAAAGAUACAGGUGAGAAAUGCCAUACUUCAUCAACUAAACAGGAAGCUACAAUUACGAAGAAAAGCUCAAUUGGAGAAGAAGAUGUAACAGAUAACGCAGAAAAUAUGAAUAGUACAGUCGAUAUUUCUACUACCAAAGCAAAAGAGGGCAACAGCUUUUCGUUACCAAUAACUGAGGAACCUACCACAGUCGCAAAAUCACCAACCAGCACAGACGAAGAGCCUUAUAACGCAAAGGCCAUCUCACAAACCUUUGAUGAGCCGUCUGUGGAAGGAGAAUUGAGCCUAAUCACUGAUCCGUCAAAUUUGAAACCAUAUGGGCUUCCAGCGAUCCGCGAAUUACUCCGCGUAUUGAUAUCUCUGUUAAACCCUCACGAGCAUAAGCACACAGAUUCAAUGCGUUUCAUGUCGCUUAGUAUACUCAAUGUUGCAUUUGAAGUUGGAGGCAAAAGUAUAGCCAGAUUUGAAUCACUUCGACAGCUUAUUACUGACGAAUUUUGCAAAUAUGUAUUUCAACUCGCCAAAUCGGAUUCCACAUCACUCUUAUCUCUCUCUCUGCGUGCUAUCUCUACAGUAUUUGAGACAAUGAGAGCCCACCUGAAGUUGCAGCAAGAAUUGUUUAUAUUCUUUUUAAUAGAACGUUUAUCGCCACCCACAGGUGCUGGAAGCCGAAAUGUGACAGUGGAUGUGGAUGAAAAUGGAAAUAUAAGUUUUGUCUCAUUGUCAGCAAUCAACGCCAACAACAACAGCAGUGGAGAUACAGACGAGAAUAGCAACAGUGGUUCCAAUACUUCAACCAUCAACACAAGAAGCUCAUCACCUAAUAUGUUUUUGGGCAAGUCCACAGAUUAUCCGCGGGCUACAAAAAACUAUUCAACCUCAGAACAUUUGGCUAUUACAAGCGAAGUUCGCGAACUCUUGUUGGAUUGUCUUGUGCAAUUUGCUCGUAGGCCUACUUUUAUGAUCGAUUUGUGGUAUAAUUACGACUGUGAUUUGUCAUGUGGCGACCUAUUCGAAGAAUUGAUACACUUUUUGAGUAAAAAUUCAUUCCCUGAUCAUCAGAAUUAUUCUUCACCAAUGAGUGUACAUGCGCUUUGUUUCGAUACCAUUCUGACUUUCAUUGGACAAAUGGUUGAAAGGAUAGAUGACGAGACCUUGGACGAAGAAGACUAUGUUGUAUGUGAAUUGCGAUCAUUACACGAUUUGCAAGAGAACAAAACAAUAAAACGCUUAGUAUUGAAAGGCUCAAGACUCUUCAAUGAGUCACCAAAGAAGGGUAUCCAAUAUUUAGUAGAGAAUAACAUUAUUGAAAAAGAUGAUAAUGGAGACAUCAACACUAGUCUUUCCACUUUCCUACGAUCAACACAGCAAUUAGACAAGAAAGCUUUAGGUGAAUAUUUGGGACGGCCUGAAAAUUUUGAUACACUGAAAGUGUACAUGCAUCAAUUUGAUUUUACAGGAAAACGUAUGGACGAGGCAUUGCGUAUGAUAUUGGAGACCUUCCGUUUGCCUGGCGAAUCACAACAGAUCGCGCGUGUAACGGAAUCAUUUGCUGCAGCGUACUUUGAAACAGCGCCUAAAGAAAUCGAAACUAUCCUCGCAGCUGAAGUAUUGGCCUACUCAAUUAUUAUGUUGAAUGUCGACCAACAUAGUCCUCAAAUUAGACGUCAAUCCAGAAUGUCUCUCGAACAGUAUAUACGUAAUGUAAGCGAUGUUAAUAACGGAAAAGAUUUCCCUAAAGAAUAUCUUGUUGCAAUUUAUGAAGCCAUUCAACAGAACGAAAUCUUAAUGCCAGAAGAACACGAAGGCCUAUUGGGCUUCAACUAUGCCUGGAAGCAAUUACAGCAUCGAUCAACAUUAUGCGGUAAAUUUGUUGAAUGCGCUACAUCCACUUUUGAUAGAGCGGUAUUCGAGCUAUCUUGGAAACCGGUGGUUACCUCCAUCGUUUACGUAUUCAGCACAGCACAAGAUGACGAUACUUUACAAAAAGCUAUCACAGGUUUCCGACAUUGUGCCACUUUAGCAGCACGUUUUGAACUGUACGAUGUAUUUGACAGUAUCGUCGUAAAUUUAGCCAUGAUGACGGGAUUGUUAGAGCAAGCCAACGGGAAUACCUCAGUACCUGAUCCCAUCGUUGAUGUCGCCGGGCAGAAAUACACUGUAAGUAAGCUAGCUGUCCGGUUUGGCCGCAAUUAUAAAGGGCAAUUAGCAGCAGUUGUUUUAUUUGCAAUUGUUACGCGUCAUGGAGAUUCAUUACGUAAAGGGUGGACCAAGAUCUUGCAGAUCAUACGUAAUUUGUUUCUAAAUUCCUUAUUACCCAGCUCCAUGUUACAAGUAGAAGACUUCCUUUCAGGUACCACGACCAUCCCAUUGAAACCUAAAACACCCAAACCCAUAAAACAAGCCAAUCGUCGUGAUGGCUCUUUAUUAUCUACACUUUCCUCUUAUUUACUGUCACCUUAUUCGAGUGAUGAAUCUUAUUAUCGCGAUCCAACAGAAGAGGAGGUCGAAAGCACAAUGUGCGCUGUUGAUUGUGUCGCCGCAUGCAAGCUAGAGGACUUAUUCUCAGAUAUCACAACAUUACAAACCGAUACUCUAAAAUCACUGAUGACAGCCAUCCGGUCCGUGGGCUAUGAUUCCGAGCCAAUGAAAAAGGCUACAAUUACUGUUCCGUAUGAUCCAGCUACUGUAUUGUUCUUAGAAUUCAUGGUUACAAUCACAGUACGCAACGCAGACAGGAUACAAGAGAUAUGGCCCUUUGCCACUGAGUAUAUAUACGGUAUCCUAGAAUAUGCAGAAAAACAAAGUGUGUUAGUGGUAGAAAGGACAGUAGUCGGCCUUUUAAGGAUUUGUAUUUGUAGCGCAUCAAGAAAUGUUAUGUUGGACGAAAUUGUAAAAUCUCUGCAGAUUCUUCGCGAUUUUCCUCCAACUGUUACUCAAGCGGUAGCAGAGCAAAUGAUGGCUGGUAUUUUCAACCUAUCAUCAGCAAAUUCUGAGAACAGAAAUGAUACCGAAUUCUUAAAUACAAUUUUGGAAAUCAAGCAGAAGGUUGCUAACUCUUUAUAAUUUCUUCGAAUUACAUACAAUAUUAUCUAUUUUCUUAACUUUUAGAGCAUUUUUCUGCAUGCAUCAUUACACGAAUACUUCCAUGCUUUAUACAUAAUUAAAUAGUCAUCGUCCCUUUUUCGUUUACUAUUCCCGUGAAUGCGUCCAAUCCUUCACAAGUAAGGAAACUGUGCGUAUUAAGUCUGCUAUAUAGCA